UCAAAGACUGGCACAGCGGGCAGGACUCCGGGCAGCGGCACAUCGGGCUGGACUCCGGGCAGAGGCACAUCGGGCUGGACUCCGGGCAGAGGCACACCGGGCAGAGGCACAUCGGGCUGGACUCCGGGCAGAGGCACAUCGGGCUGGACUCCGGGCAGAGGCACAUCGGGCUGGACUCCGGGCAGAGGCACAUCGGGCAGGACUCCGGGCAGAGGCACAUCGGGCAGGACUCCGGGCAGAGGCACAUCGGGCUACCAGGAGAAGCGGCAGGCACUGGGCCCCCGGGCGGAGCGGCAGGCACCGGACCCCCGGGCGGGGCGACAGGCACCGGACCCCCGGGCGGGGCAA